UUUGUUUUGAUAAUUCGCUUUUUAAAUUGAAUUGAUUUUUUAUUAAUGUUGGAAAACAAAAAAUUUCAGGAAUAGAUUCAUUUCUCUGGUAUUAUUUUUUUGAACAUCGUAAAACAUGAAAAAAGAAUUUCAAAAAUUUAAAUCACAUGCACACAAAGAAGAAAAUACACACAAGUUUGAAACAUUCAAUGAAAAAUUGAAUAAGAUUAAUAUAUCGGCCGUUAAUAAUCUUAAAAGACGGCUGGUGGAAAAUGAUCAAUCAGAUGAAGAUAUUUCAUUUUUUGCCAUCGCCUUAGAGAAAUGGACCGAUUUAAAUUGUACACACGAUUUUCGUCAAUUGCGACAACGAAUCGGUUCACCGUUAGAUGUUCAGAAUUUAGUUCAAAUCGUACAUAAGAAAAAAAUACUAAUAGAUACGCUUCUAGAUGCAAUGGUCAAUCCGGAAAAUAAAGCGUUGAAUGCAAUACUUGAACUUCUUAUUGCUUUGUCGCGAGAUUUACAGUCAGAAUUUUAUGAAUAUUUCUCACCCAUAUUUGAUCGUCUUGUCAAUCUAUCAAUGCAAAAUGAAGAUCCCGAAAUUAUUGAGAACAUUUUUGUUUGUCAAACAUUUUUAUUCAAAUAUCUAUGGAAGCAUAUUAUCAAAGAUAUUGAAGAACAUUUUCAGAUAUUUAAAAAAGCUUUUACAUGCAAAAAACAAUAUGUCAUAAAUUUCACUGGCGAAACGUUUGCUUUUUUGAUACGGCGAUCCAAAGAUCCGAGCAAAUUGUUUGAAAUCAUUUUUGAAAAUGUUGAGCAAAAUGACAACUUAUCUAAAGCAGUGGGCCGAAUCAUUUUCGAAAGUAUCAAAGGUGUUCAAGGCAGUAUAAACCAUAAAGCUCAAUCUUAUUUACAGAUUUGUUUCGAUGAGUUGAAUGGAAAAAGUCCAAAUGGAACUUUAAAUUCGAUGAAAUAUUUUUUGACGUUUGCAUUUGAUAAUAUUCAGCAACCUGAUUGUUUCACAAUCAUUUGGAAAUUAUUAAUGAUUGAACCUAAUGAUGAAGCUCAUAAGAUUAGAAUAAUAGAAUUGAUUCAUCAAAUUGUUCUCUAUAAAAGGUGUAAACAUGUUAACAAUGGUUUUGAUGUUGCAUUCAAAUCGGUAAACUAUUUAUUCGAAAUAUUUGAUCCUGAAACAAAGCAAAAACUCUUUGAAAUUAUUGAAAAAAUUUUCAUUCACAAAUAUGAACAUUUAUCAUCGGAUCGUAUGGAAAUAUUAUGUGAAAAAUUUUACGCACCAAACACUUGUUUAUCACUUAUUGAUUUACUGAAUUUUACAUCGAAAAUUAUUUGUAGUCCAAUUUAUGAUAUAAUCUUGUUCAAAUAUCUACAUCAAUUGUUUUUUAAAGUUUUACUAUCAAACAAUAUCGACGAUCGAAUUUGUGUAAUUGAAUUCAUGUCAAAUGUAAUUUUGAAGAAAAAACCUAGACCUGUUUUGGGAAAAGAUUUGGACAAGAUACAAAAAUAUUCGAUAGAUUUUGGUUGCGAUAACCAACAGGUUAUUGAAAUUUUAUGUGAAACAAUAAAAUGUGAUGAUCCUCGAAUCAUGUAUUCUUGUCUAACAAUUUUGUCUAGUAUUUCUAAUAAAUUCAAUUCUAUCUUUGAUGAUUUCAUCAAUGAAAAUAUAAUAAAAAUUAUUGACUCUUCAUUAUUACAACCAUCUUCAUUCGAAGAUUCAAAUAUUUAUGCAGAAUUAUUGUACGAAGCGAUGAUUUUUACCAUUCUUAAUUCCCAUCCGAAUUCUCCUAUUACGAAAUUUGAUUUUAAAACGUUCACUACGUUUCUAAGGGCAAAUCCCAAUUGUACGCGAAUACUACAAUCAUUGGAUUUAUUUAUAAGCUUUAAUAAACCGAUUGCAUCACAAGAUUUCACACAAAAAUUGAAUGCUGAACUUUCUGAUUUGUAUCCAUUACUUGAACAUAAUCUUUCUUCGCCACUGAGAUUAAAUCGUUUGGUGUGUCUUCAUUUGUUGACAUUGCUUGAUUUACAUGUUCCGAUCACAGACGAGAAUCCCAAAGGUAUGUCCGUAUUUCAAAUUUGUUUGAAUGCGGAAUCAAUCCCUGUUGAUCUGGAAAACUAUCGAGAACGUUUACGAUUAAUUUGGAAAUUGGAUUCAACUUAUAUAUCUUUGUAUCAACCGCAAUCAUUGAACGAGGUCAAGUUUGAUAUGGCACCAGUAUGUUUUCUUCUUGGAACAUUGUACGAAAAUUUGAAUGUAUUAUGGAAACAAAUCAUCGAAGUUAUCGAAACAUAUGCUAAAAGUAAUUCGAAUAAACCAAUCAGAUUCAUUGAAAUUUUAUUUAAUCAUUUUCGACAAACUGAAUCCUUUAUCAAAGCAUCUCAAUCUCAAUUAGAUUCUUGGAGUUUGAGAACUAAAAUUGCAAUUGAAUUUAUUAACAAAACAAACAUUUUUGCUUCGGAUCAUUUGAAUCAUCGAUUGUUGUUGUUGAAAUGUUUUGAAAAAUUUCCAAAUCUUAUCGAACGAAGGAAUAGUGAAUUCGUUGAUUUAUUUUUUGAAUUUUUAUCGAAAGAGUUUAACGAGCAUCAUAUUUCUCGUAUUAAUAGUCGUGAAAAUAUUACAUCCGACAUGGUUAGUGAAAGCAGAAUGGAAAAUACUAAAAUGACUUGGAAGACAUUUUUUGCUUUCCUUGAUGUAUUUGGAAAAUUCAAGAAUCCAAAAGCCGUACAUAAAGAACCUCAACUAAAUCAAAUUUACCUAGAUCUUUUAUCAUCUCCAAAUUCUCAAUGUCAAAAUCAUGCAUUCAAUUGUUUACUGACAUAUAAUCAAACGCAUUUGACUAAAUAUCGUGAAAAUUUUUCACGAUUAAUUGAUGAUAAAUCUUUUGUUUCGGAAAUUAAUUCAUUUAUGAUUCGUGACAAUGAUGAAGAUAAUGUUAUUGCUGUGGAAGAUCGAUCAAAAGUAUUGCCUUUGUUUUUAAGAAUCACCAUAGGAAAAAUGAUUGCUUCGGCCGGUACUAAAACACAUGGUAAAAGCAAAGCUGAUUUUGUUCGUUCAUUAAUAAUGAAAAUUUUAUGCAAUUUCAAUGAUGAACAACAAAUAAUGUUUAUGGAUUUUGUUUAUGCUUCCAUAAAACCAUUAUUGCAAACUGAUUAUGCCUAUUUAUUGGAAAAAAUUAGCAAUGAAUUUGUCAAUGUUGAAGCAUUCAUUCCAUUCAAAAAUUUUCAAUCAUUCAUAACUACUUUGGAAUUUUUGAUGAAACAUUUUGGCAAUCAAUCGACUAGGAUCAUGCAAUACAUUUUCAAAGUUUUAAUAAUUUGUUCAUCAAUUUGUUCACAACUUUUAUCUGUUCAAUAUCGAUCGAAAAUCAAAGAACAUAUUGUUGAUCAAUUGAAGAUAUUUCGUACAAACUGUUUCAAAGCCACAGAAUAUUUUUUCAAUAAUUUUUUAACCUAUCCAUUUGAACAGAUAGAAAUCGAUAUUCUAUUCGAAUCCUUGAUACGUCCACUUGUUGCUAAUAUUUCGACUGAAAGUCAAAAUUAUCCUUCACCAUUAUUGCGAUUGUUCAAUGUUUGGAGUGAAAAUCCACGAUAUUUUAACUUAUUGAUCAAGCAUUUUGAUUCAAAAACAGAUUCGACGCCCUUGAUGUCAAUUAUACAGUUAUUCAAGAAUUCUAAACUAUCUCCAAUAACUUUUGGAUUUAUUGUGAAAUUGAUUGAGAAUCUAUUGAUUGCUGAUGAACCAAUUGCCCAUUUGGCGAUCAAUAAUUUUGACUUUGUGAUUCCAAGUAUUGAACAGUAUCCGGAAUUCAAUAAUAAAUCCAUUAACUUUGGUUCAUUGAUUCUGAUCCCGCAUAUCAAAGAUAUUAUUGAACGAAUGAAAUUAAAUUAUCAAUCAAAAAGUAAUCCAAAAUUUUCGCUACAAGAAAUCAACAUUUUAGCACGUCUUAGUCUUUAUGUGACUGAUGCAACCGAUUCACAUACAAUCAUGAUUUUAUUGAUUCGAUCGAUAUCACGCAAGAAAAGACCAGAAGAAGAAAAAGAAAUUUUCAUCAUUAAAAUAUUAUCUCAUCUUUCUCAGAACUUAUCUGUCGAAAGUUUUGAUGUUAUUCUCACUUCAUCUUACAAUCUUUUUUCCUUAGUACAGAGACCAAUACCGAGAAAAGAAUUGUGUAUUUAUCUAAUGAAUUUAAGCAAGAAAAAUGAAUUCUUCUUACCAUUAGCCGAAAUGAUACGAGAUCUUAAUUCUUUGAAUUCUAAAUAUCCCGAAGAACCGGAUUAUGAUUGUAGAAUUUCUGCUUUCAAUAAAAUUUCCGAAUAUUUAGAUGGUAUUGAUAAUCCGGCAAAAUUAUCAUUCUCACAACUUAAAUUUAUUGAUUUAUUACUGCUAAAUUGUGCUUUCUUUCUCAAUACGUUUGAUGAUUUUAGCAUACGAGAAUUAUCAUCUUCAAUCAUAUUAAAGAUUAGUUCAUUAUUCAAAAUGCAAUCAUCGGCCGACCUAUUCAACAAAUACGUCAUUAAUAUGAUACUGUUCGAAAUCAUUCCACAAGGAAUCCGAAAUACUAAAGAAUCAGCUUCGAUUGAAUUUAUAAACUUAUUGGUAGAAAUUAUCCGUUCAUCUUCGUCUUUGGGUAAUAUUCACAUUGAUCAAUUACGAAAAUUAUGUGAUGAUGAUGAAGAACUUGACUUUUGGCAGAACAUUCGCCAUAUCCAAUUACAUCGUCGAGCUCGUGCAUUGAAUCGUUUAUUGCAAAAUAAAGAAUUGCUUGAAUCAUUUUCAAGCGCUGUUUAUAUGAAUUUUUUAAUACCAAUUGUUGAGAAUCUAAUAUCAUAUUCAUCAUCUCCCGGUGGUCAGCAAACAAAUGUUAGCUUGUUCAACACUUCAGUGGAAGCAUUGGCAACAUUUUUACAAUAUUGUUCAUGGCCUAAAUAUGAUGCCAUAUUGUCUCGACAUGUAAAUAAUUUACUAUCGCCAACAACGACAAAUGUCAAGAAUGUUGUUGAUCCAAAAAUUUCAAUCAAAAUCAUAUCAGCUUUAUUAGAAAAAUUUUCAUUUUUGAAGCCCGAACAUGUUUCACUAAUCGAAAAAACAUUAAUGCCAAAUGAUUUUGAACGGAUUACUUCGGAAUAUGGUUUUAAUUAUCGAAGUAAAUCAUUACGAAAAUCGUCAUCGAAGGCAAAAAAAUCGUCGAAUAAUAAUAAAAAUGACAAUCGAAAAGAACGAGUAAAGCAAAACUGUGGCAACGGCAAAGAUCAAAACGACGACAAGAAAAAUGUACAACAAGAGCAGAAACCAUUUGAUGCUAUUAUUACUAACGAUGAUGAUAAGAUCGGUUCGGAAGAUUUUCUAAACGAUAAAAGCUGCAACGAUAUCGAUGAUCACGGUGAUAAUGACAAAAACAACAACAACAACAUCACCCCCAGCGACAUUCUUCAUUACAAGAAAAUUUAUGAUUCUCUUUGUCGAAAAUUAUUACCCAUGUUGCACAGAUGUUUACAUCAACAAUCACGUAUGGAAAAUGUUCAUGAUAUUAACAAAUUCAAUGAUGAUGAUGAUGAUAAUGAUAAUAAUAUUCAUAUUCGAACGAUACCAAUAUCAUUGGCCAUUGUUAAACUAUUACAGCAUGUACAAUUCGAUCGCCGUGUUUUCAUAACAAAUCUGAAUAGUAUCAUAUUAAGAUUAUGUCAAUUUUUACAAUCAAAAGCUCAAAGUAUUCGUGAAAUUGCUCGUAAAACAUUGGCACAGAUUCUUGACGUUAUUGGACCGAAAUAUUUUGUCAAUAUUUUUAAUGAAAUGAAAGUACUAUUAUGCAGAGGUUAUCAACGACAUGUUUUUAUUUAUACUGUUCACCUACUUUUAGAACGAAUUAUUAACAAAUUGAAUGGUGGUGAUUUAGACAAAUGUUUGUUAGAUUUAAUUCAAGCAUGUCAUGAAGAAUUAUUCGGAUCGUUAUCCGAAGAGAAAGAAAUUUCACAGAUAGUAACAAAAACAAAAGAAGCUAAGAAAAUUAAAGCAUAUGAUAUAUAUGAAAUAAUGGCAAGAUCAGUAUCGGAAUCAUCAUUACAAACAUUGAUUGAACCAUUGAAAGCAUUAUUGCUCGAAACAAAUGAUCAUAAAAAGAUGCAAAAAAUUGAGAAAGCAUUUCAUCGAAUCGGAUGUGGAUUAGUUCACAAUCAACAUAUCUCUAUUGAAAAAUUGUUAAAAUUUUUGAAUGAAAUCUUUGUUUCAUCUUUGUCUAUUAAUCUGAAAAUUCAAUCAGAAAUGAAUGAUAACAGCAUUGAUAGUGAUAGUAGCAAAAAACAACGAAUAAUGGUCGAUAGCUUCAUUAUACCGGAAAAAUCAUUACGUCGUGUAAAUCCAAUUUCGAAAAUUAAUUCACAUUCACAUUUUCAUGUGGUAUCAAAUUUUGCUCUUGAAUGUUAUCUAUACAUCCUUAAGCAUAAUAAAUCUAUCAAAUCAUCAGAUGCUUAUCAUGACAUUCUCAAUGAAUCAUUGGAACAUUUAAAUAUGUUUUUGCAAAAAUCAAACGAUUUAAAAGUCAUUGCUUCAGCUUUAAAUUGUUUAUUGUUGAUGUUGACAAAAUUUUCUGCCAUUAUUUCAUUUGAUCGCCAUGCUGAAUCGAUAAUUUUACAAUUAUUUCUCUUAUUGCAAAAAUAUUCCGGACUUCUCAAUGAUGAUAAUCGACAAAUGACAACAUUAUGUUUUAAAACAAUCGCACAUUUUAUCAAUAUUCGUUCAGAUUGUAAACUAACCGAUCAACAGUUGACUAUUUUGAUAGCUUAUGCUGACUAUGAUAUUGAAAACAAUAGUCAAAAUGUUUCAAUUUAUUAUCUACUUAAAUCGAUAUUGGCAAGAAAAUUCAUUUCAAAAGAAGUUCAUCAACUAAUGGAACGAUUGAUGGUGAUAGCUAUAGUCACAGAAAUUGAUCAUGUUCGUGAUCAUGCCAUCGAAUUGUAUGUCAAAUAUUUGACUGAUUAUCCUAUCAAUAGUAAUCGUUUAAAGGGAAAAUUGAUUAAUUUAGCAAAACAGUUAGAAGUUGAUCAUGUUUCCGGCCGUAAAGCAGCCAUCAUUAUGAUUAAAAAUGUGAUUAAAAAUCUAUCCUGUGAUAUUUUGGCCAUGGUAUAUGAUCAAUUGUUUGUUAUUGUAGCCCUUAGAUUAGUAAAUGAAGAAUCACCUGAAUGUUUGAAACUUGUUCAUGAAACGAUGGCAAUAUUAUUGAGAAAAAUCGAUCAAGAAAAUAUUGAUAAAAUGUUUGAAAAUUUUGUUUUAUCUUGGCUAAGAUCGGAUUCGUUACCAAAACAAACACUUGCUUCGAAAAUGUUAACUUUAUAUUUGGAAAAUGAAAAAUCUAGCUUUGAAAAACGUUUACCUAGUUGUUUACCAUUAAUCUCCGAACAACUAGAUCCGGAUCGCUACGAAUCAUUAAAAUCCGGUGAAAAACAUAAUAAUGAUUUAGCUAAAGACGAAGAUAAUCUAUUAUUUCAACAUUUCAAUUUUCUCUUUAAAUUGUUGAAAAUGGAAACGGGAAAAAAUCUUAUCGUGAAAAACAAAUUUCAAAAUCAUAUCAACCAAAUAUUGGCUUAUGUUGUUUCAACAUAUCUUCUUCAUCCACAUGUUUGGAUACGUGGUAUUUGUGUUCAAAUAUUUGGCCAAAUAUUUUCUUGGUUUGAUCCGGAAUCAUUUGGCCAACUAUCAGGUGUCAGUUUGAAUAUUUUGACAUUUUUUCUAUUCACAAACCCGGAGGACAAAAUGAUCAAUUUAGCUAGAAAAUUUUCCCUUAUAUUUCGUGAUAUUUAUGCCUGUCAAUUUUUAGCUGAACAAUUGAUUAAAAAUCUAAUCUAUAUUGCUCGAGUGUUCAUCAUAAUGGACUAUAGUAACCCAUGCUAUGACUACGAUAAUGUCGUUGCUGUUGAACAAACAGAAAAUCGAAAUGUUGAAAAAAAACAUUUAUUUGAAUGGUUAGUGAAGAAAUUACUUUUCGAGACCAAAUUUGAAAUCAAAUAUAGACCAAAUGAAACUCGAAAACGAAUAUUAUUCGUCAAAUGGUUGGCAGCGGUUUCUUUGAAACUUGGUCACGAACAUUUACAAGAAUAUUUGCCACUUUUUCUUCCACCUUUAUGCCGUGAAACGAUUUUAUCGUCAACGGACAAUCGAUCAUCCGUAGGCAAUGAAUCUUCAACAAAUGGAAAUAGUACUGGUGGUGGCAUUGAUGAAUUAAAGAAUCUAGCUAAACAAGUAUUACAAAUGUUUCGUAAUAUUGUUGGUAGUGAAUUAUUUAUUGAUCAAUAUAAUCAAUGCCGAAAUCAACUUUCUCAUCGACGAUUAGAACGUAGAAAACAGAGAGCUGUACAGAUGGUAAUGAAUACUGUGGCUGGAAUUAAACGUAAACAACGAAAACAUCAAAAACAUUCACAACAACUUAAACGUCGUCGCCAUAAUAAUCGUGGCUAUAGAAAUGGAAAUGAUUUUAAAGUUUCAUCAUUUUAGAAUUUAUUUUGUUAAAUUGAAUAAAAAUUCAAUAAAAU